AUGGCACUGCGCUGUAUCAAACCCCUGCCUCGGUCUGAGUGGGCUUCAUGGGGGCGUAUUUGCUCACGGCCUUCCAAACCCACUUCCAGGUUGGGGUCGGUUCGGAGCCAAUUCUGGCACACAUUGGCCGGAGUUGCUGGAGCUGUUGGAGUUUGCUCGCGGCGUGGCCGGAGAUGCCCCGUGUCACCCGUGUCAGGGAAGGCUGCGCCGGGAUUUAGAGAAUUGCUGACAUUCUGGUUCGGCCCAGAGAUAUUUACUGAACGGCAGCGGCUAAAUGACAUCGACUAUCUUCGGGGUCGAAGCAAGAUGUGGUACAUGAGUGGCACAAAAUAUGACCAAACUGCCAAAGAAUUCCUGCCGCUCUUGCAGAUGUACGACCCAUCAGAUUUUUCACCAGAGGCGCUACAGGUAGAUGAAUCGGUCGAGCAGAAUCUGGCCAAGGUUGUGUUGUUUGACCAGAUUCCUCGCAAUGCCUACCGUGGCACCGCAGAAGCCUUUCGUUUUGAUGAGGCGGCAUGUGUUGUGAGUGAUGCUCUUCUGCAGAGUAGCUUUGCAAGUACUUGCUCUGCGGCUGAACUCCUAUGUGCAGUUCAGCCACUUGCCCAUGCAGAAGGCCCUGGUGAUAGUCGAAUCCAGCUUGGAAUCCGCAUCCUGCAAGAAAACAUGGGGCGCUAUCCUGAGGAGGCUUCAAAGAUGAUUUUCCAGGCGAUUUUGUCUCACUACGCGCAUGGUGCGGUCCUACGUCGCUUCGGGCGAUACCCUCAUCGCAACGUGCAGCUGGGGCGCGAGAGCACGCCUGAGGAACUCUCAUGGUUGAACGCAGCGGACUGCCCUGGAUGGGCACGAAGCCAGAUGAAGCCAGAAAAAGCCAACAAUCCUGAUGGUUCACUUCACAGCAAGUCAUUUGCUCACACCGACAAGGGCAUGUACUUCAUGGGUAUGACCCUCAUGAACUACAAGGCUGUCCAAAGACCCAGAGCCAAAGUGCUGGCGGUCAGCUACGGCCCCGUGCCCCUGAAAGAGCCGGGCGCGGGCGCGGGCUUGUUGGCACAAGACGAUUGGAUGGUUGAGGCGGCAAAGCCCAUGUGGGGCCUGCGGGGUCGAGAUGACUUGGGCAUCGUCCGCCAACUGGGAGCCAAUACGGUCAGACUCUAUGGAAACAAUCCGAACGAAAGUCAUACGAGCUUUUUGGAUGAGGCUCAUGAAAAGGGCCUGAAAGUGGUGCCCGGCAUGAGUGAUUUCCCAUAUACGCAGAUGCUUCCCGGAAGUUGUAUCGAAACAGACUUCGAUUGUUUCAAUCAGAGCCGCGAUUCAUACACAUUGAACCUUCAAACAGGAUUCCUCACGGAAUUCCAGGAGUAUCAUCCAGCACUUUCAUAUUUUAUCCUGAUCAACGAGCCAGACCUGAAGAUGCCCUCAACCACCACCACGGAACAAGGACAACCUCAACGGAUGGCCAAAGCCAUAGUCAGUGCCUUCGAUGGCUUGUUGGAAGCCGAAAAACUGGCAAAUGUCACUGGAGAUUUGAUCAACAUCACAGCGACCUUCUCCUAUGCAAUUUGCCUGGUGUGCGAUGAGUUCAGCAACUUGCCUGCCUUGGGCCAAAUGGCCACCCUGGUGGAUGCAAUGCUGAAUCCAGAGUCCUUUGGCUAUGAGCCCAAGAAUAAUAUCACGGAAGCCUUUCUGAAUCGCUGGGUGCACAGUUUCAACACCAACAACCCUGCGCGUGAUUUGAAAAGCCAGUUCUUUGAUCAUUACCCAGACUCUUUUGGCUACACCCCAGUCUUUGUGGCAGAGUACCACAGUGUGAUUUUGCAGUACCUGGACAUCACGUUGGAAGAUGACUUGGCCCACAUCAUGGAGUUGGAGAAGAACUCUGAGGUGUUCUUUGGCAUCUCCUUUUUUCAGUACCAGGUGGCGUACUGGAAAGGUGGAAGUGAGAUGGACUUUGGGCUGUUUGGCUUGGGGAACUAUCUCAUUGCAGAGAUGCUUUACUAUGGCGAGACUUUCAAAAUUUGGUGCUUGGAACCUCAAGUCUCCCACUCCACACCAGGGUCAAGCUUGCCCCAGGUUCUGACCGGGGCCUUUGCAGGUCCUGGAAUAGACUAUGAAUAUCUUUGCCAGCCUAAUCCACAUGUGGUGUCUCUUUCCCAAGAUGGUUUUGGAGCCAUCGCUUCCCAGGGUCCUGAGCGUCUGGCCAUUUUCAUCAAGCGAGUGGUCGAGCAUCUUGGGGCAGAAGUCGUUGAUCAGAGUGGCCUCAAGUCUUUUGCUGCGCAAUUUCUGACCGAUUCUGGAAAGACCUGGGGGGAUCUUGUCACGGCAAUCUCUUUUAAGCCUUUCUGGACAAGUUUCAGCUCCGACGCUGCCUGUGUGGCCGACCGCACAGCGGAUGCUCAACAGGUAGGUGCAGCGAUAUCUUGGCUGUGUGGCCAAGAGUUACCUUCAGGGCUCACAUGCAACGUGCCAAAGUCAUGCACAGAGGAUGCGUUCACAACAGCAGAUUGGCUGUUCAGCCGUUGGUACAAGAAACAGGUCGACAGGGACCCUUUGCAAGACUGCAACUUUGGGGGCGCGGCCAUCUUUGCCAGUCCGGCAGUCAGAUCUUUCUCGGCCUGUGUGGUGAGAACGCAUCCACAAAAGCUGCGUUGGUCACAAGGCUGCGCCGUGCUGCGACUGAAGGUUUUUCUGCCUGAGAUCCGUGGAGCACAAGACCUGGAGGCCGCGUGGAUUUUUUUCUCAGGACGUUGCCAUGGAAGCAAAGCUGCGCCCAUUGGUGUUGGGCGCCUAGAUGUCUUUGGCAGGCAUCUCAGACAAAGUCCUGCCUCAGGAGAAGAGCUGAGCCUGGUGAAGGCGGCGAAAGCCCAAGAUGUGGCAAAGUGUGAAGAGGCCCUGGCGAAGGGCGCAGAUGUCCAUGCGAGAGAUCAGUUUGGAUACACGGCACUUCACUGGGCGGCAAAUCACGGGCUACUGGAACUCUGCAAACUGCUAAGAGAGAAGGGUGCCGAAAUUGAUCCCCGCUCGAAUUGGGAUGAGACUCCUCUGAUCAUGGCAGCACGAUCCCAGAAGUCCCUGCCGACCUGUGACUUCUUGGUGAGCGAAGGAGCUGAUAUGCAGGCGAAGACCAACUAUAGUAAAGGUGCUCGGACUUUCGGCCAAAAAAGCUCCGAGGGAGGUGCGGGGCUGGGGGAACAGGUCCAUCUCCACUGCGACAAAAAGUCUCGUUCUGCGGAGUGGAAAAAGGGCUGCAAUCAUGCCAUGCGGUUGGAGAUGGAGCAUUCUGUUCAUUUUUUUGGGGACAACAAGAUUCUCAGUUUCGCUUUGCUGAUUCUCUGGGUCCAGACAGCCUGGGUUGGUGACCGAGAGCUGGAAGAGUGGCCAGGUACUGUCGGCAACACGGACCCUAUCGUGGAAGGGACCUUUGACCGAAAGGUGGAUCCACAUGGUGAGAACUACUCCUGGUUUCUGGUGCCUGAUGAAGAUAUCUUGGAGAUGACCCUGGACAAGGACUCUUCGGAGGUGUACCAGACCUACAGCUAUGGCACCUUGCUGUGGCCGCGGCUGUUCAAUGAUGACAUUCCUCUAGGAGAAGGUCUUUUCGAAGCAGACCUUACGGAUUUGUCCGGGACCCUUUGUGAAAGAAGCAGCGAGUUGAUGGCAUUUGUUGUGCUGAGAGCAUCCACAGAGCUCAUCUUUGCGAAAAACAGAAUCCAAUGUGAGGGCAGAAAAAAGAUUAACGGUUGGUCUGUGACGAUUUUUGGUUAUUUUUGCGUUCAACACUUGAGCAGGACUCCCCUGCACCAGCUGGAAAUGGCUGCAGUUCAAGGUUGUUUUUUCUUUCAAGGCCUCAGCACUUGUUGGAGAAGUUCCAGACAGAUCAGGCUAUGGCGGCCGGAUGGAGCGUCAUUUUGA